AUGACCCGAGAUGCGUGGACGGAUGAGCAGGCCGUUGAGGACAUCGAGUGUCAGUUACGUGGCGACAAAUAUGCCGAGAGCCCGCGCACUAGCCGCCCCGGCGCUCCACAACGGCCAGCGCAGCAACGGCUGCUCCAAGCGAUCCUAGCUCCUGUCAGCAACACCCUGGAAGGGCAGUACCAGCGGAGAAGUCGAGCCAUUCAAGCCGUCAUCGUUUACUGCAAAAUUGUAGAGGUCCAACCCGUACACGCCGGUCGCACUGACACCAGUAAUGCCUCUACUGAUUAUGCCAGGCAGGAAACGUCGUCCUUAGCCCAAGCUGUGUCGUCGGUGUUCAUUGAGAGUAGCAAAGAGCGAUCUAACAGAUGUUUUCUGUGCAUCGGGGCUGCUCUAUCGCUAGAAUCGGACGACCCAAGUGUGGAGAGAUUGAUUCGCGCCUUUUCCUCUCCUGGUGACCUGACAAAACAUUUCCGACGCCGGCACCUUUCCAAUCUGGCUUCAAACACACGGCCAGAAUGCAAGGUGUGCAACGUGGUCCUAGCUCACAAGAUGCAUCUCCAGAAUCACGCGCUCCUGAUCCAUGGUACAAGGUCUUGA